UUUGUGCAGCUGCAGCGGCGGCUCCGGGAAGAUGGCGGCCCGGGCGGGUUUCCAGUCUGUGGCUCCGAGCGGCGGCGCCGGAGCCUCAGGAGGAGCGGGCGUGGCGGCUGCUCUGGGCCCGGGCGGAACUCCCGGGCCUCCGGUGCGAAUGGGCCCCGCGCCGGGUCAAGGGCUGUACCGCUCCCCGAUGCCCGGGGCGGCCUAUCCGAGACCAGGCGUGCUGCCAGGCAGCCGAAUGACACCUCAGGGACCUUCCAUGGGACCUCCUGGCUAUGGGGGGAACCCUUCAGUCCGACCUGGCCUGGCCCAGUCAGGGAUGGACCAGUCCCGCAAGAGACCUGCGCCUCAACAGAUCCAGCAGGUCCAGCAGCAGGCGGUCCAAAAUCGAAACCACAAUGCAAAGAAAAAGAAAAUGGCUGACAAAAUCCUACCUCAAAGGAUUCGGGAACUGGUACCAGAAUCACAGGCCUAUAUGGACCUCCUGGCUUUUGAGAGGAAACUGGACCAGACUAUCAUGAGGAAACGGCUAGAUAUCCAGGAGGCCUUAAAACGGCCCAUCAAGCAAAAACGGAAGCUGCGAAUUUUCAUUUCCAACACUUUCAAUCCGGCUAAGUCGGAUGCCGAAGACGGGGAAGGGACGGUGGCUUCCUGGGAGCUCCGGGUGGAAGGACGGCUCCUGGAGGAUUCAGCCUUGUCCAAAUACGAUGCCACCAAGCAGAAGAGAAAGUUCUCUUCCUUUUUUAAGUCCUUGGUGAUUGAACUUGACAAAGACCUCUAUGGGCCAGACAACCACCUGGUGGAAUGGCACAGGACCGCCACUACCCAGGAGACCGAUGGCUUCCAGGUGAAGCGACCAGGCGAUGUGAAUGUGCGGUGUACCGUCCUGCUGAUGCUGGAUUACCAGCCGCCCCAGUUUAAGUUAGACCCCCGCCUGGCGCGACUCCUGGGCAUCCAUACGCAGACGCGUCCGGUGAUCAUCCAAGCGCUGUGGCAGUAUAUUAAAACACACAAGCUCCAGGACCCCCAUGAACGCGAGUUCGUUAUCUGCGACAAGUACCUCCAGCAGAUCUUUGAAUCUCAGCGGAUGAAGUUCUCAGAGAUCCCCCAGCGGCUCCAUGCCCUGCUUAUGCCGCCAGAGCCCAUCAUCAUCAAUCACGUCAUCAGUGUUGACCCAAAUGACCAGAAAAAGACUGCUUGCUAUGACAUUGAUGUGGAAGUGGAUGACACUUUGAAGACUCAGAUGAAUUCUUUUCUGCUGUCCACUGCCAGCCAGCAGGAGAUUGCCACUCUAGACAACAAGAUCCACGAGACGAUAGAAACCAUCAACCAGCUGAAGACCCAGCGAGAGUUCAUGCUGAGCUUUGCCCGAGACCCUCAGGGUUUUAUCAAUGAUUGGCUUCAGUCCCAGUGCAGGGACCUCAAGACUAUGACUGAUGUGGUGGGCAACCCAGAAGAGGAACGCCGUGCUGAGUUUUACUUCCAGCCCUGGGCUCAGGAGGCUGUGUGCCGAUACUUCUACUCCAAGGUGCAGCAGAGGCGGCAAGAAUUAGAGCAAGCCCUAGGAAUCCGAAAUACAUAGGGCUGCUGUGGCUCUAACUUGGCUGCACCAAUCCUUUCUUUGGGCCUUGUGCUGCCUGCCUCAGUGUACCUGUCUUGGUCUUGCCUGAGGCAUUCCAGGAGAUGCUGUUGGUUCCAGGACAGCAUCACAAUGAAGAGGGUGUCGCAUUUCUGUCUCACCGGCACCUGUUGUCCUCUUCCUCCACCCCAGCCUCCCACCUCAGUUCCCCCUACAAAGUUCCCAUGUGCCUCUACCUCCCUGCCCCAUCCCCGGUCUACAUAGGACCUCUAGAUAGUGUUAGAGAACCAUAGUGGUAAUCAGUGCUCUGAAAUGGCUGGAGCCUCCUAAGGGCAGGUGGUCUUCAGGGAGACCAGCUACACUGAUCCUGCCCUUGCCAGGAGACCCAGGCAUUGGGAGCUGACCCUCCUCUGCGCCUCAGGCCUAGGGCACUCUAUAAGCUAGUUGACCUUGGCCCUCCUGGUAGCCCGACUUUCCCUUCCCUCCAUAGGUUGGAGCAGAUUCUCCUUUACUUCUUGCCCUCUAGCACUAAAGGAGCCCAGGUUCUUGGGCUUCCCUGAGCCCAGGUUUGUCCCCACCCUCUGGACUGACCUGCUGACUCAGUGCCGUCUAACCCCUCAGUGGGGUCCAUGUCAGUAUUGGAGUGUGUUUUGAACUGUUGCUUCCUCCUGCACACUCCCGGAGCUGCCCGGUAUGGAUUUCCCCACAGCAGCCCUGACCCAUGGCAUUUGGGUAGGGGAUCUUGCCUUUCCCUGUCAGAGCCCCAGGGACCGAAGCCGAAGCCGGGGUGCUGUCAUUCCCAGCAUAGACUGUUCCUUCCUGCUGUUAGAGGCUUGUUCAUUCACUCCAUCCUGCCCCUCCCGUAAAUGGAGAAACAGGCCUAAAAUCACACGGGUAAAGCCCUGGGCCAUCCCUGUCUUCCUGUCCCAUGUCUGCCCGGUUGGAGCACACUCCCUGCUGGCCUCCAGGGCACUGAGGAGCAAGAGCGCCUAGGGCUGGAGAUGAGGUCUGCAGUGGGCUUGUGACCCCCCACCCCCCGCCUGCCCUCAAAGCUUCAGACCCCUCAGGUAGCAGCAGGACGUGUGUUCUUGGUCCCCGGAACAGAUGGCUUUGCAUCUUCCAGGGAAGCCUUGGAUUCUUCCGGGUUUUAUCACCCAGAAGUAGCAUGUCCCAGGCUCGCAGACAACACUGCAGGGUGGGAGACAGCUGGGCACAGGGGGAUUCCGUUGAGCAUGGGCUCUGAACCCACAGAACUGACAAAGCCCCUGCUUCCCCACCCCCACCUCAGGCUCCUGCGAGCAGUGCUCCUGCCCCUCCCCAGCCUGUUCUUACUGGGGACAGCAGUCUUCCCCCUGCCUUCCCUUGUCCUGUAUUUGCCCCUCCCACAGAGACACUGGACAACCCUGGGGCGCUGAGCCCUAGCCUGGCUCCUGGCAGGAAGCAUGAUGAGGAAACUCAGCACUCCUACAGUGUCCCUGUUGAUAACUGUUUUUAUUAACUGAAUUGUGUUUUGUUUUUGUUUUUAUUUCAUGGACCAAAACUUUUUUUUGUACUGUCUCCUUACUUAUGUCACCCAGUUUUAAUAAAAGACUUAUGAAGA